CGUAUGCGUAAAGUGAAAAGGGACGUUGAUGCGAGAUCUGAAUACAGCAAAGUCAUUGACUAUGGACAUUCUAGUAAAUUUGGCUAUCCAGAGGAGAGCGCAGAUGGCUAUGCAAGUGAACACCUGCCUAAAGAGUCACCAAAGUAUGGGAGUGAGGUCUCCAGACCACCCUUCAGUGGAAUGGACAUCACAAAGCAUCCUCAGCCGUGCCAACCAGCUCCAGCCCCUGUUCAAAGCUUCAGAAACCUUCAUCAGUGGAUCCAAGACUCAUGAAGACGAUCCCAGCAAGACCACCUGCACCCCAGACUGUUCUGCCACCCACUAGUCGACCUCCAGCGCAGAUGCCACCUCAACUGGGUCUUCUUCCAAUGAUGGCCAUGGACGAUAUCUCCGGAGGUCCGAAUGCCAACUGGAUCCCGUUCCUUUCCCCUCCAGUCAGCGUGCCCACCACCAAGAGGCUUCCGACUCCUACCAUGAUGAAUGAUUACUCAGCAGCUACUCCAAGAAUCUUUCCUCAUACAUGCUCUCUAUGUAACAUUGAAUGUGUCCAGAUUAAGGACUGGCUUGAACAUCAGAACACAAAUCUUCACAUUGAGAGUUGUAGGCGUCUUAGGAAACAAUACCCUGACUGGAAUGUUGAGGCUGUCUCUGUUUCCAGACCUGAGCCCAAAUCAGAACACAGCAGCUCAAAGCGGCACACCCGAUCACACUCGUACUCCAGAUCCCCCAGCCCGAAGCGGCACCAUGACUCUUCAAGCCGUCGUAAACGAUCCCGUUCGCGCUCCCGAUCCCGAAGCCCUAGAAGGUACCGGCGUAGCAGAAGUCACAGCCGGUCCCCCCAUAGGAAGUCUCGAGUCAGUCCUUAUAGAUCCCGUAGGUCCCGUAGUCCUCCAUCUCAACGGUCAAGGUCUCCAGGUUACAGUAGGCGCUCUCCUCCACGCCGUUCGAGUCCCCGACGGAGCAGCCCCUCCCGGCAACAGCGAUCCAGCAGUGGCGAACGACUGGCCAUGAAACUCAUGUCAUCAGCUGAGUUUUCAUCAAUUACAGACAGUAAUACUUUGAAGGCUGUGGUGAAGUCCUUGGCACCAGCCCUGCUGGCUGAACUAGCAAAGAAGAAAAGUGCUUCCUCUACUUCUUCAUCAAAGGGAAGCAGCAGCAGUAGUUGGAAACGGUCUUCACCACCUAAGAGACCUGAGUACUCAAAGACAAGCAGAACCUCCACCACAAAGACCUCCAGCACUCCAAAGCCUAAAGGCAGGGAUGCCCCAGGCACAUCCUGUUUGCUGAGGCUCAUUGGAGUUCCUCAUGGUACUACCAGCAAAGAAUUGACUGAUGCCAUUGAACCUUUUGGCAAAAUAUAUACUGCCAUCCUCCUGAAGGCAAUUCGUGAGGCCUCUGUGUGUAUGGAGAGAGAGGAGGAUGCCAAAGCUUUGCUCAACUUUAAGAACCUGACAAUUCGUGGUCAGGUCAUCAAGAUCUGCAUGGAGAAGGAUGCAAGAGAUGAUGAUGAUGAGAGAAAAUCUGUUAAGACUGAAAAGUCUGUUAAGAAAAAAGAGGUGACUACGACAAAACCAACUCAGUCAGCAAAAGUAAAGGGUGCAAACCCAUUAAAAGGUGCAAACCCAGUAAAGGGUGCAAACCCAGUAAAGGGUGCAAACCCAGUGAAGGCAUCUCAGCCAGCUAAAGCAAAAGAGUUGCCAGGUUCCAAGACAUCUCAAGUAACCAAGGGAAAACUCAAUGACCCUAAAAAGACGGUACAAACAGCUAAACCUAAGCCCCCUGCUAAGGGUUCAGAGACCCCAGUUGCCAAGAAAUUUGUGAAGAAGGAAAUACCCUGGAGAAAAAAUAUAGUUGAGAUUACAAAUCUUCCAGAGAAAGGGGUUACUGAGGAUGACCUCACCAACCUUGCUAAACCAUACGGGUUCACUGCAACUCCUGUCAUAGCAAUCACUCAACAAAAGGCCUACCUGCAGAUGCCCAACACAGAGGCAGUUGAAGCAAUGGUGAAGGCCUGCUCUGAGAACCCAGCUAAAGUGCAAGAGAAAGAGAUAACCGUAAAGAUGAUGAUGCAACCUAUAGACCUGAACUACACCGAAUCAGUUUUCAGAGUGCUCAUGGGCAUGGACAAAUCACCUGAAAUCAUCACAUUGCCAGAACGCCUUCUCAUUGUUGGUAAUGUGCCAAAAACACUUGAGGCAAUCAAAGAAGUAGAGACCGUAAUCAAACGCUAUGGUAACUUCAAGAAGGUUUUGCCACUAAAUGGCAGGAUCAUUUUUGAAAUGGAGAACGCUACUAUUGCUAGGACUAUCUUCAUCCGCUUCCUCAAGUUCCGUUGUGUAGUCCAGAACAAUACCCUCAACUUCCAACUGGCCAAACCAAUCAAGCUGAAAAAGAAGCCAGAAGCAAAAGGUGCAAAGCCUCCUGGUCAAUUAGCAGCAACAGAAAAAAAACCUAAUACGGUCAAAGCCAAAAAACCAGGAGUUGCGUCAGCAGCUGCUGGUGCAUCUACUGAAUCUGCUGUGCAUAGUAAAGAAAAGUUGAAUGCUAACACAGCUGCAACUGAAGUUACUGCAGCUCCCAAAGACAUUGCAGUUGAUACGUCUGCUAAUGCAGAAACAACUACUCCUGAGAAUAAAGCAGAGAUGGACACCCAAGCUGUUAAUGAAACUGUCAUGGUAACCCCGGAGACUGAAUCUGUGAAAAAAGAGCAUGAAGCUGGAUCCUUAGUUCCCAGUGCAGAACCUGAGUCUAUGAACAAGGAGCUUGAAAUUGGAUCCUCUGUUCCCUCUUCAGAAUCUGCCGUUUCAGUUGACUCUGGGAAAGCAGAGCUUGAAGUUGAAUCAUCUGUUCCUGCUUCAGAAUCUGCCGUUUCAGUUGAGUCUGGGAAAGCAGAGCUUGAUGUUGAAUCAUCUGUUCCUGCAUCAGAAUCUGCAGUUUCAGUUGAAUCCAUGAACACGGAGCAUGAAGUUGAAUCCUCUGUUCCUGAUUCUGAAUCUGGGAAAACAAAGCUUGAAGUUACAUCCUCUGUUCCCGCUUCAGAAUCUACAGUUUCAUUUGAGUCUGGGAUAACAAAUCUUGAAUUGGCAUCCUCAGUUCUCUCAGGAGAAUCUGCUGUUUCAGUGGAGUCUGCUAAAGCAGAGCAUGAAUUGGCUUCCUCAGAAUCUGUUUUAUUUGACACAACUGAUCAGACAAACAACAAUCAGCAUGUCCCACAGGCUGAAGAUGCUCCCAAAGAAUUGGUUCCCACAUCUUUGGAAGAAAGCAAAAUUGACAGUGAAAAGCUAGCAGAAGACAAGAAUAUUGAGACCAAGUCAGAAAUGGAUAUUGCUGCUUCAGCUGUUAGCAGUGAGGAAACUGCAGUAGAGGCCAUGGAGACCGAGAGUCCAGAAGAACCUACCAAAGGCACUGAUGUCAAAGAGGAAGUAAGUGGACCACAGGAUCUCAAGAUCAAGUGUGUGGGCCAAUCGAAUGACUUGACACCAACUGAACCUUUGAAGGCGGAUGUUAGCCAUGAGUCUAGUAAUCAAACCGAACCUGCAGCCGUUGCAUCUGACUCCAUUCCAACCUUAGAUUCUGCUUCUGAUUUGCCCUCCACUUCUGAUCAAACUGUCAGUAAUUCAUCGGUCACAGUUACUUGUGCCUCAGACUUUCCCCAAACAGUGCCUGAGCCCUUCCAGAUUGAUGACAACUCUCUGGACUUUCCUCCAGUUACGCAGGAAAUUUUGAAGGCCCUCGAAUUAGCUGUCCAUCAGUGUCGCUUGCAGUCUUCAUUAAAACGUGCUGAAGAGGAAGCCAAACAGAAGGCCGAGUUGGAGAAAAAAGCUGCAGAGAAGACAACCACAAAAGGUUCAUCAAGCUCAAAGAAGCCUGCUCAAGCGACCAAGAAAACCACUCAAGCUGAGAACAAAAAGCAAGCUGAGAACAAAAAGCAGGCUGAGAACAAAAAGCAGGCAGAGAAAGAGAAAAAGUCUCAGAACUCCGGUUCCAGAAGCAGGCCUGUGGACACCUCGUCCCCUGAAAAGGAGCCAGCUUCUAGGCACAGGAGCAGGGGUAAUUCUGAAGAAGAUAGUACUACCUCCAGGCGUGGAGGAUCCUCUGGGUCAUCCUCCCGAAGAAGUAGGCGGGAAUCCAGCCCUCCAUCAAAGCGAUCAAGAGGGCAUGAUGUUGAUCGUAGGAGUCAUAGCAAAAACUCACAGCCCUCAAGGGGUCACUCAAAAACAAGGACAACUGAAAAGGAAAACGAUGAAGAACCGUUUCCAUUUAACAUUGAUGAGUUUGUCACCGUUGACGAAGUAGGGGAUGAUGCAGAGGACACUGUAGCAUCAAACACUGAGUCUUCAGCCAGGGACGAGAAGAUUCACGAUGAACCUGAUCUCCAUACUAUCAUCUCUCCUACUGCACAGUCAGGUCAAGCUAAUACAUCAGAACCUACUGACAAGGUUAUGCCUUCUGAGACCGGGGAUCCUGGAGUUAUUGAAUGUACAGACAAAAUGGACAACAAGCCUGAAGAUUCCACACCAGUAGUGGAAGUGGUCGCAUCUCAAAAACCAGAAGAGCAUGAGCUUCAGGAAGAGAGUGUUGAUAAACCAUUGGGAACAGAUGGGAUGGAAGCUGCUGUUGUUAAGAGUGAGACAGCAGAGCUUUGUAUUGUAGCAGAAAGUGUUUCAGCCGAGAUGGAUGCCAAUGUUGAGACCCAUUCAACAGUGAAAGAAAGCACUGACGUUGGGGUCUUGGAUAAAUUUGAUCCAAGCCAGUCAGUUUCCUCCUCUCCUUCACAGAAGGAAGGCUGCCCGCCAACUUCUGCAGAAACUUUAGUGAAGUCAGAAGAUGGCCAUCCCGAGCAGCCUGAAACAUCUGCCCCAGAGAUUGACAGUAAAAAUGAGGCAAUCUCUGAACUUCCAUCCCAUGAUGCUUUGGUUACUCUUGAUGAGGUCAGUGAGGGUGAAGAAGAUUAUCUUGAUGAAUCAAAUGAGGAUCAGCGUUCAAAGGCUGAUGAAGUACCUGAGGCACUUUUAACAGUUGAUGAGGUUGGAGAUGAUGAAACUGGGGGUGAGGAAUACCAGUUGGACAAAGAACUUCAAGGCCUGGUCACACUGGAUGAGAUUGUUGAUGAAGAGGAGGAGUUUGACUCAUUCAACCCUGAGACUCUUGUAACUUUGGAUGAGGCCAAAGGAGAUGAUGAGGAGAUUGAGGAAUUGCAGCAGAGUGAAGCCAAGCCAACCAGUCCUAGCACCACAACACCAAUCAUACCAGAGGAGCCUGUGAAAUCACCAAGCCAAGAAGAGGAUGCCUGUGACCUGGAUGAGCUCCGCAAGAUGAACUUUGUAACUGUGGAUGAAGUAGGGGAGGAGGAGGAGGAGGAAGAGGAACCUAGUGAAGAGAUCAAAGAGGAGAAGCAAGUUAAAAAGAGAGCUACAAGGGCCAAAAAGAGGGCUCGUCAGACCCCAGUGAGGCGAUCCACAAGGGGUAAAAGAGGAGCGACAAAGAGUGCUGAAGAAGCAGAAGAGCCCGAGAUGAGUGCAGAGUGUGAACCAGUGGCAGCAGCCUCCGUAAGCGAGAGUCCUCCUGCAACUGUAGAAUCCAUGGAUCUUGAUGUUAAGCCAGAACCGCAGAAGGCUGAAACCGUAAAAGUUCCGGAUUCAUUGUGUGCAGAGGUCUCUUCAGGGUCAGAAGAGGACAGGCCUAGAGCUAAAAGUGAUGACCGCUCUGCUAAGUCAGAAAGCGAUAUUGUUGGCACACCAGUCCCUGAUAAAAAAUCCACUAUCAAAGAAGAGUCCAAGCAACGUCGGGAGAUGGAGCCCAUACAGGAACCCGAGACUAAAAAGGCCCGCUCUCAAUCCCCUGUGAUUGAAGACUUCACUUUGCCCCCAUUUAGCCCAGACAACCCCAUUGGGGUUGACUUUGUGGUGCCCAAGACUGGUUUCUUCUGCAGACUCUGCUCUCUGUUUUAUGGGAAUGAGGAAACUGCUAAGAAAAGUCACUGUAGUAGCCUAAGGCAUUACCAGAACAUGGAGAAAUACUACAAGAAGCUCAAGUCUCAGCAGCAGGGUGGCUGCUCAACACAGACAACGUCCAGUCAAAGUUCUGCGUCUGAAUAGCCUCUAUUAAGAGGGUUUUUUUUUUUUUUUUUUUUGGUAUUAAUGUUAACAGAGGGGUCCAAUUAUUUUGUUGUAAAGUUUUAUUAAUUUUUCUUGUUUCGAAAGAAAUGCAUUGCCUCAUGCUAAAUAAAGAUAGUAAGAACAGA